AUGCUGCCCAUCAACGCCACAUCUGGGGAGGCCACACUGCGCCAGGCCAUGAAGGUCACCACGGCUGUCGCCUUCGGCUUCAUUUUCUUGGCCGGGGCGGCCGGGAACGGGGCAGUGCUGUGGGUCACAGGCUGGAAGCUGCGCUGGACCCCCAACACCGUGUGGUUCUUCAACCUGGCUGUGGCCGACGUGGCCUCCACCUCUCUGAUCCUGGUCACCGUCCUGUACCUGGCCCUGGAUCUGGACUGGCCCUUCGGCUCCGUGGCCUGCAAGUUGGCCAACUGCCUCUUCGGCUUGAGCCUCUGCAGUGGGGUCCUGCUGCUCAGCGCCAUCAGCGUGGACCGGUGUGUGGUAGUGGUGGCCCCGGUCUGGUGCCGCAAUCACCGCACGCCGCGGCUCAGCUGGGUGGCCUGUGCCGCUAUCUGGGCCCUGUCGCUGGCCACCUUCGUGCCCAGCUCCUUCCUCUUCUCCGAGCUCUCCUUCGAGAGGAACCGGAGCUCCUGCAGCAACCUGGAUGUCUUCCAAGAUUGGAGGCGCCAAGAGGCCGAGAUAUUGACCGUGUUCAUCUUCCUCUCUCAGUUCCUCCUGCCCUUGGUGGUCAUCUCCGUGUCCUACUCCAUCCUGGUGGUGGCCAUGAGGCGAAAGAGGCUGGCCAAGUCCAGCAAGCCCCUCUUGGUGGUCACAAGAGUCAUCUUCUGCUUCUUCCUCUGCUGGUCACCCUACCAUGCCUUGGCCUUAGCCAGGAUCUCCACGGCCCAAAUGCCCAGCGCCGUCCGCCUGGUGGCCAUCCCCCUCUCCAAGUGCCUGGCCAUGUUCAACAGCUGCAUCAACCCCCUGCUCUACGUCUUUGCUGGGAGGGAGUUCCAGGACGCCGUGCGGAGGCCACUGGUGCAGGCCUUCAAGGCAGCCUUCGAGGAGGCACCACCAACUCACGUGUGAAGGGGGAGUCACCAUACUGCAGGGA